AUAACUUUCGCCAAGUCAAGUUGAUGAAUAGUCUAAUAUCUAAUUAUCUAUUCUGGAAAUUGUCUGGCAGAUAAACCUUCAAUAUGGCUGCCGUUCCAAACAACAAUCUGCAAACAUUGUACCGUUGUACUUGUAUCUGAUUCUGACCCACAUUGGAUUGAGUUACUACUCAGAUAUGGCUGAUUGAAAAGAAGAGCUGAGCUGUGCCAGCUUUUGUCUUGAGCUUUGUUCACUUUUGAAGUAGGCCCUACUAUGCAAUUUUUCUGUCUGCCAAUAAGGCAUUAAAGACUGCAUUCCCUUCGUGAAUAACCCCAAAGACUUUUGAUGAUGUUGAAAGUAACAAAAGUCCAUUUUGUUUCAAGAAGUUCAACAGAAUGCUCGUCGUCACAAGUAUGUGUUGACUUAGGUCCUCAAAUCAACAAAGCUCGUCAACCUACAGAGUUUGUAAUGGUAUUGUCAUAAUCGCUUCGAUAGUGCCUUUCAUUCCGCGUCUUGAAUAAUGGAGGAAAGCACGAGCUUCAAACCAUCUUAUUGCAUCACUCAAAUCACUGCCUUGAACUCUGACCCUUCUGAUUUAAACCUACCUGCUGUUCAGGCUUCCAGCAAAAACUUCUCAGCCGAUUCAUCUGGAUCCACUGAUGAUGAGUCAGGUGAUUAUUCACAGCCGGUGGCGUUUUCUGCAGCUGCGAGUAUGACAUCAGAAUCUGAUAGUUUUGAUCAGGAACCAAAUACUGCUGACCCGGACAGCUCUCUCAAGGUGACCUUUGCCGCGGAUAGGUCUCAGAGAUCAGAUGAGUCUUUCAGCCAGCAGCGUCUAGGCCAGAAUGAUUCCACAGAACCUCGAAUGUCUCAGGUGUCUGCCUCUUUCAGCGGUCAAGGUACUUACCCUUACUCAGGGGCUGGAGCAUUUGGGCACAUGCAGCACAAUCUCCCUGGGUCUGUAGACCGGUCUUGGUUUGGUAGAGGUUCUGAAUCGCAUUUUGACAGUUCAAAUAUACUGCUGAAGCGGAGAAAAGUUGAGCAGGGAAAUAGCAAGGACCAUCCUGUUUUGCCGCCGUGCAAUUGCUCACGGCUGCGUUGUAGCGAGAAAAUGACAGAGGAUGAGCGUCAGAAAAUCAACGAGGCCUACUGGGGGCUGAAGAGUCUGACAAAACGAAGGCAGUGGAUGCUAGAUCAUAUGCAGCGACAGCUGAUCAACAUCACCUGCAAGAAAUGGCUGGGGAAGAAAUCUGAAAGUCGAACUUUUUACUUUCCUGAUCAAUUUGGCCAGCUGUUUCGAGUGUGUAAGGAUUUCUUCCUCCGCACUCUGGGUUUUCAGUGUGACAGCACUCUCAAGGCUUUGAGCUACUCUACUCCUUUGACUUCCAAUGUGGCUGCUGCUGACCAACGGGGCAGGCGUCCAAGGACACACUCCAUCACGGACGAAGUGAAGGAUCUGGUGAAGAAGCACAUCCACUCGAAACUUGAGAGUUCGCAGUUCAAGAUGGAGUUCAACUCGCUGCGGUCAAAGGUCAAUGGCUGUGGGUUCGUUCAGAUGUGCUACAAUGACUUUGAGACCUGCCACGGGGGUGAGAAUGUUAGUUACCAGGCUUACCAGGAUUUUUUUGUAGAACACAGUAAAGACAUGGCGAAAGCAGGCACUCUGAAAGCUUCUCCAACAGACUUUUCUCUCCUGAAGGACCCGUAUUUUGAUUACCAAAAUCAAAUGUACAGAGAUGCACUAAAUGAUUUUGCCGGUAACUCCUCAUCUGGGUUUGACGGUGGAAUUGAUAGAAACCCGCAGCUUGGGCCACAGAAUGCUAGAGAUUUUCUGGCUUUUUUCGAAAGAGAGACAGGGCAGUCAUUGACUCAGUUUGCAGAUAUGCAAGGUAACGACAGCUCUUUGCUGUUAGAUAAUGAGGAUAACUCCGAUUCUUUUAAAAAACCCAAUGAGAGUGGUGAUCGGGACCAGUGGCUUCGGCAAGAUAAAGGAGCAGUGUUUCCAUCCGUUGGAGAGAAACGAACACAUAGUCAAAGUUGUGGCGAAGCUGGAAGUAGUGUUUCAGGUUUGUCUCCUCGGCUUCCAGAGAGUAAUAUGAGUGCAGGAAAGCUGGCAAAUAAACGUAUGAAAGAGGAGCAUCCCAUCAGGCCUGGUUGCAGUUGUGAUAGAGAAUGUUUCAGCAAAAUUGACGAUGAGAGGAGAAAAGAAAUCCACAAUUUGUUCUGGUCACUAAGCGAUUAUCCAAAGCGGGAGCAGUGGAUUCUAAAACAGCGAGUUCUGGUCCGGCAAACCACAAUUUCCUUAAACCCUCGUCAUACAAAAGAGAUGCAGUGUUACUUCCUUCCUGACAAGAGUGGGAAACAGAUACGUGUGUGCAGGCUGCAUUUCAUGAGCACGCUUGGCUUUGGCAUCGACGAUGAUGGAACGUCUAUGAACCCAAGCUACUACAACAAUGGGCUACCACCAUUGAGAAAGCAUGAGAUGAACAGAACCGCUUACAUAGAGCAGCACAUCCAGGGGUAUAUCCACUCUGGUAAGAGCAUCCCUGGUCUUAAGAGAGAGGACUGCGUCAGCCCUUGGGAGCACAAGGUGACAAUCAAAGAAAUGCAUCAGGAUUUCCUUAGGAACUACCCUUUCUUGACAGCUUCUUAUGGUACCUAUUACAAGUUAUACAAUGAACAAGUGAACGCAUUUAAGGCAGAACUUUUUUCAGGUUCCGGUAAUGCCGUGUCCGAAAAGGCAAGGAAUCAUUCCCAGGUCCCUGUACAAGGCGGUGCAAGUGUGAAAACUGGGGAUAGUGGUAGUAGUGGCUCUUUGUUGAGUUCAUCAGCUUCUGGAAACAAUGGCACUGGUCAAAUAUCACCAAUGCUUUUGACAGGUGGGAACUAAAAAAGUCAAACAAAUUUAUAAGGCAUAAACAUUCAAGCUGUGGUUUAUUUGAAAGGAGAUGAAAUCCACUUUUAGGUGUCUUGGCAAAAAGCACAGACUGUGUUAUGCAACUGAUGGUUUGUGUGAAUUCCAGUGUAAUGUUUUGUUUUGGGUAUGGGUUUUUGUUUUUCUUUCUCUUUUUUUUGUUGUUUUUUUUAUGAUUGUUGCUAUUGUUUUUACCUUUGCUUACCUGCAUGAGUUUGUAUGAAGUAUUCCAGCAAGGUCCAGGCAUCCUGGUAAUAUUUGAUUUCUGUUUUGUCAUUGAUUCAGAUUGUACAGCUGCUGAGCUGGUGUCUUUUGCUUAAUUUUUUCUUUUUACUUCUGAAUAUUCAUUUUGAAUUUGUUAAUGCUUUGUGAUCUGAUUCUAAUUUCUUACUUUUAGCAAACCUUUUAAAAACCUUGUAUUAUUGGGCUUUUUAUUUCCUGUUUACUUUCCAUUUGGUUUUACAUAUAUAUAUCUAUAUAUGUUUUGAUUCAAAUAAAUGCUUUACUUUAAGUAUCAUCCUGUAGAGAUUUCAUAGGAGAAUGACCCCUACUUGUGGUAGGGCCUUGACAUGUUAGUUCACUUCAUUCUUCUCUUCGGUCCUCAUUUUCUAUCACUGGCACGAGUUGAGAUCAGCAAGAAUUUAUUAUUAUAUCCUACACUGAAGAUGUAAUUACGUCUUGUAGUCUCUUUUUUGUUCUUGUCAGUUGAGAUCUUUUAAAUCACCAUUUAUAUCAGACUUGAAAUUUUGUCAGUAUGCAGGCUGUUUUGUAUUUGUAAGUCUUAACCUAGACUAUGAAGAAAAUUGAAAUUGCCGUACAACAGUGAAACUUAGAGAAUGUUAUCUAUCUUUCUGUAACGGCGCAUGUGGGGUUUGGGGAAUAUCUGAUUAACAGUGUGAAUUUGAGAGUGCUUUCAGUAACUGAACAUUUUUCUUGAAUAAGAAAAGGUAACUUCCAAAAGAUAACACCAUUUCAAUGGAAGCUGUAUAUAACCUGUUUUAAAAUAUUGUUCUGUUUUCAAGUGUCUUUACUUUUUCGAGUAGAAGGAAAGUGACCUGCAACAAUUUUGAGAUGUCAAGGGUUUACUGCCGCGUACUGAAUGCCCUUUUAAAAUGUUUAAAUGAAACUAUUGAAUUUUGGACAAGGAUGUUUAAAUAAAGGAUGUCUUCAACCUCCAUUCCCAUCGCCAACAGAGGCAAAAACGUGAUGCUAACUUCAAAUGGCCAUAUCGUGUCUGGGAUUAUUAUUUGGCAUUGCUGAUGAAAGUGCCAUCUACAUUGUCCAAAAGAAGACGAUGAAAGCUGUGAAUUUGCCGAAAAGCAAUCCUCCUGUGGCACGACAAGUUGCCAGUGGGCAGAGUGGAGAAGGCAAUUUACAAAAUUGUUCUAUACCCACCCUAUUCACAGGAUGUAGCGCCCUCUGACUUUUCCUGUUUUCCCCAAUCUUAAAAGAGUUCUCUGUCCGUCUUUGGAAGUGCAUACUAGUUUAUUAAGUACUAUAAACUGAAAUUUAAGUGUGAUUUUAACGCACUCUUACACUUUUAUGGUGACCAGGUGUAAAUAUUGUGAUUCAGCGUGGUGAAAUCAGGGGCUUGUCAAAAUAAUGAAAGUGAAGAACCUGGUAUUUUUCCGCAGGUUAAGGAACUUUUAUCGAAUUUUUGUGUUUUUUUGCUCAACACCUUUCACACCCAUUAAAGAAUACCUUUCUGUAUUGAAUUUACUGAAAAACGUUGAUUGAAGGCAUAAAAUAUGUAAAUUUUCAGUUUCAACGAACUCUCAAGCUAA